UGACACAAGAAAGAGCGCAGCACAACUAAACGGUUCGUCCAUACGGUGUACUUCCGUUUGUUGUUUUAUAGCGCUAAGGAGUGUUCAACUCGAUCCACCGUGCCCCGUGAAAGGGGGCACUGAAAGAGAGCAGCAUUGUGAGACACAGUGGCGACCCAACCUGGCUAAAUCCAUGCGCGCGAGCUUGGCGCCCUGCCCUCUCCGUUUAAAACAUACCGCGAUGGUGCCCAACUCUGCUCACAGAGCAUGCGCAGCAUCACCUCCGUGGAGCACGUGCGGCGCACGCUGAGCUUGAUCGACGACCAGCGCACGUACGACGACCCCCGGCACUACGGGCUACACCGGCUCGGUCGCAUGCAACACGGUUCUUCGCACUUCGCCUUCCUAGGGGCCGCGGGCGACGCGGUCUCCAUGACGGGCUCCCUCGGAGAGCACUUUGGCGCUCGGUGCGUGUCCCCGACGCUGGGCGUGGUGCUCAACAACCACAUGUCCGAGUUCACGCUGCCGAGGCCCCCGAUGCCGGGCUACCAACCCAACGAGAACAACUACAUCGAGCCCGGCAAGCGGCCCGUCACCGCCAUGGCGCCCGGCCUGCUCGUCGACCGCCGAGGCGACGUGCAGCUCGUCAUUGGCGCCUCCGGGGGAGCGCGCAUCGUCAGCUCGGCUGCGUCCGUGAUCCACAACAUCGUGCGCCGCGACAUGAGCGUCGAAGAGGCCGUCGAGGCUCCGCGCCUGCACCACCAGCUGCUGCCCAACGUUGUCGUCUACGAGCAGCACUUCUCGGAGGAGGUGCUCGAGUCUCUCAGACGGCGGGGUCACGUGGUAAGGCCCAUGGAGCGGCGACCAGCCGCGGUCAACGCCAUCGCCCGAGCGCAGGACCGCGUCAUCUACGCGGUCGCCGACUUCCGCAAGGGCGGCAUCGUCGACGGAUACUGACGGGCGCCGCCUAUCUACCUCUUCACCCAUUUCAUUUGUCGUUGAUUUGUCAAUUUCCUUAGUUCGUUUCAUUAUUACAUCUUACCACACGUUCGCUCGAUGUCUAUUACUGCGAAAUGGGCACCGCCUCGCUAGUGCCCUGACCAGCACGUCGGUGCUAUAUGCAUCUAGAUGCUUUCAUCGCUUUCCUCGAUAAAAUUUUGAUGGUGUGACCGGUACGCAAAAGUACAUUUAGUUCUAGUUGAUGGGCAAAUAAAUGUAGCAUGAUAUUCAAAAACAUUUUAUGCUCGCAACCGGUAAAUAAUUGUGCGAGACAUACUAAUUGGUUUGGGAAUGCCUAAACCGCUUGUCCCUAUUCCCAUGCCCCAAGGCUAGGCGGCGGAGUCAACACACGCAGACACGUAAACAGUGCUGAAACAAUUUGCAGCUCAACAAGCAGCUAGGUGUUGUGCUACGACAGGUUCUCCCGUUUCAUUCGUGAAUAAUCUGAGGAGAAAAGUAUUCACGCCGAGCACGAGUGUACAGGUUAGAACAUAAGGAUUUUUACAAAACAAACCAGAAAUGUACGGACAUAGCUUAUUGCAAACCAAAUUAAUUUCGCCAGAACUCUCACGCAACGUUCUAACGGUUUCGAACAUGCGACCGGAAUUUCGUAGGCAUGCGUGGUUUAUUAAAAAAAACUUUAGAUGAAAAUCAUGCAUGAUAUUUAAUUGCAUCUCUGCCCAUUCUCUUUUCCUCUUUAUCACUUUGAAACUGAAUAAUAGUGCAGUCAAAGGCAAUAAAAAUUCCGCAGCUAAACAACUUCCAAAAUUUUUGUAAUGGUUACCCAGCAGGAAGGUAAACGCUUGCACAAGGUUUAAAAACCUUCUUUCGCAGAAGUCGCGUGUGAUAUUCAAUUGCAUCUAGGCAACGUAAAGUCGGCAGAAAGACAAUUUCUAUAACGACACAUUUGGCGGUGUCAACAGAACGUUUCCUUGCCGGCAAGCCGUGGCAGCGAUACCGUGCCCCACUAGGCAGUUGCAUAUCCUGGACAGCAGGAAAGCCUGCGAGAGGAAGGCGACGGCUUUCGAGCUUGGCCAAAAUAGGAUGCCUCGAUGUCCUCUUUUCCUGCCGCUCUGUACGGAGCAGGGAAGUAGUUGCGCAUUGAGGCAGUCUUGGCCAAAAUACCACGCCUACCUUCUCCCUUGCAGCAGGCCAAGUGUACUACCACUUAACUUACAAUGAUAAACAUUUUUGUAUUUAAAGUUUUGUUUGCCUUCCUUCUUUUUUUUUCACUCCCUUCUGUAAUGUCUGCUGAUCCUGAGGUUAUCAUAAACAAAAAUAAAAAGAAUCAGAGCCAUUCCACUUUGUGAUGGUGGAUGACCAGCGGAGCUGUUUAUAUGGCGAUAAAUAUGUUGAUAAUAAAUAUGUUACUUUGAAAUAAAAGAGACAUACCACAGUGAAUUUUGUUUCCUGACAUUUUUUUUUUGUAUUUCAUUAAAUUGCAUACUCAGGA